AUGCCUGAGAUUAAAGUCACWCCUUUGGUUCCUGUUUUUCAGAGGCGUUUCCCUGACUUUUCCUACAUCACCCAGAACGGGAGGCUGACGGAUUUCCUGGACUGUGUCAUCAUCAGCCACUUCCACCUGGACCACUGUGGGGCUCUGCCCUAUUUCAGUGAGAUGGUUGGCUACGAYGGCCCCAUUUACAUGACCCACCCCACCAAAGCCAUCUGCCCCAUCCUGCUGGAGGAUUACAGGAAAAUCACCGUGGACAAGAAAGGGGAAACCAAUUUCUUCACCUCGCAGAUGAUCAAGGAUUGCAUGAAGAAAGUGGUGGCCGUGCAUCUUCACCAGACUGUGCAGGUGGAUGAGGAGCUGGAGAUCAAAGCUUACUACGCGGGGCACGUGCUGGGAGCUGCCAUGUUCCAGAUCCGAGUGGGCUGUGAGUCCGUGGUCUACACUGGCGAUUAUAACAUGACCCCAGACAGACAYUUGGGGGCUGCCUGGAUCGAUAAGUGCCGCCCCGAUCUGCUGAUCACCGAAUCCACCUACGCCACCACCAUCAGGGACUCCAAACGCUGCCGAGAACGSGAUUUCCUGAAAAAAGUUCACGAGACCGUGGAGAGGGGAGGGAAGGUUCUCAUCCCGGUUUUUGCCCUUGGCCGUGCCCAGGAGCUUUGUAUUUUACUGGAAACCUUCUGGGAGAGGAUGAACCUGAAAGCCCCGAUUUAUUUCUCCACGGGGCUGACRGAGAAAGCCAACCAUUAUUACAAACUCUUCAUCACCUGGACCAACCAGAAAAUCCGCAAAACCUUCGUGCAGAGGAACAUGUUCGAGUUCAAACACAUCAAAGCCUUCGACAGAGCCUUCGCCGACAACCCCGGGCCCAUGGUGGUGUUUGCGACGCCUGGAAUGCUCCACGCGGGACAAUCCCUUCAAAUCUUCAGGAAAUGGGCGGGGAAUGAGAAGAACAUGGUGAUCAUGCCUGGCUACUGCGUCCAGGGAACCGUUGGCCACAAAAUCCUCAGCGGGCAAAGAAAACUGGAGAUGGAAGGAAGACAAAUUUUGGAGGUGAAAAUGCAGGUGGAGUACAUGUCCUUCAGCGCCCACGCCGACGCCAAGGGCAUCAUGCAGCUCAUCCGCCAGGCCGAGCCCCGAAACGUCCUCCUGGUGCACGGGGAAGCCAAGAAAAUGGAGUUCCUGAAGCAGAAAAUCGAGCAGGAAUUCCAUGUCAGCUGCUUCAUGCCUGCCAACGGAGAGACCACGACCAUYGUCACCAACCCCUGCAUCCCCGUGGACAUCUCACUGGGUCUGCUCAAGAGGGAGGCGGCCACAGGGCCCACACCCGACGCCAAAAGGCCCAGGCUGAUGCAYGGCACGCUGCUCAUGAAGGACAACGUGAGUUACACGGCUUUUUUGAUCCUGAAGGAUUACUCGGUGCAGAAUCUCCCUGACAGCUCCAUCACCGUGGAAGCUCCAGGGCUGACCCCAAUCCCCUUUCUCUGCAGGAUCCUGAAGGAUUACUCGGUGCAGCAUCUCCCUGACGGCUCCAUCACCGUGGAGUCCAUCCUGAUCCAGGCCACGGCGCACUCGGAGGACCAAGGAACCAAAGUCCUGCUCGUCUCCUGGACCUACCAGGAUGAAGAGCUGGGCAGUUCCCUCACCUCCCUCCUGAAGAAGGGGCUGCCCCAGGGCACACCCUGAGAGUGCAGACUUAAAUUAUUUUUACAUCAAAAACGYUUUUUUCUGGUUGGUUUUAAUAAAAAAAUUCUGUUUGUCCAAUUCUUGUCCCAGCUCUGGGAUUUUUUCCCCCUUGAAAAAACACAUCCAGGGAGUC